GGCUGCGGGGCCGGGCCGGGCUCUCACAGCCUACAAAUGCGGCUCCGCCGUGGCGGGGCCGCCGCCGCCGCUCGCAGCCCCCGGCAUGGCCGCGCCGCGUUGGUUCCUGGCGCUGCUGCUGCUCUUCUGGCUCGCCCUGGCCGCCGCGGGGCCACUGGGCGCUGUGCCAGACGGGCAGAAUGUGAAUGAUGGCCUCAUCCGGACACUGGUGCGGCCACGGGGUGUCCGGCUCAGGGCUGGGCACCGGCCCGGCAGCUGGCGCAGGUACCGGAGACCCCGACCCCGGCUCUCGCACAAGGGCCCGAUGCCCUUCUGAGGCAGAGGCGUCCCCAGCCUGCCCUGGAUGUGGCUCCCACCACCCGUACAGUGCCACAGCCUGUGCUGCUCGUGCCUCAGCCCUGAGCAUGGACUCCCAUCCGUGAGCCCUCGGCUGGAGUCACCUCGUCCCCAUGGCUGCACGUGGAGGCCCAGCACCGUGUCUGGCUCGUGGUGCGGCUGGGUGCUGCCGCGAUGGUGGGCUUUGACCAAAGCACUUUGUCAGGCAGAGGAGCUUUUCCAGCUUGCCCUGGGUGGGGGCGUCCUAUUUAUUCCCCUGGUGUUAACCCUGCACCCUGGGUGAGCUGCUCUCCCCUUCCCACUGCCAGCCCCCCAACCCCGGGGAACCCCAAGUCAUGGGGCGCCUGCCCAGAGCACAGGGGGGGCUCUGAGCCCCUCUGCCCACGCCAUGACAUAGGACAGCGGGAGAAUGGGGAGCACUGGGGUUUCUGUGUCAAGCACUGACAUAUGCCAAAGGAGGGGCCCUUGCUCUGAGCUGGGCCCUGUUGACCAUGUCUCAUGUCUGUAAAGAUUUAUUCUGUGUAAAUACAUCUUUGUAAUAAAGAGUUCUGAUGACAGAAAA